AUGUCCAUUCUUCUCCGCUACACACUCUUCUGUCUGUUUGGCGCAAUUGCGCUUUUGCAUGCGGUGCUUGCAGCCGAAGUCGAUCCUGUUCCGCCGGAAAACAAAUUUUCCGCUGCGCCUUCGUCGGACGCCUCGCCCCAGGAUGCGCCUGAAUCGCUCGAGACGUACCAGCUGAUGGGAUACCUUGCACAGGGCUCCAACUGUGCUGAAAAGGCAAACUCGACGCUUGCGAUUGCGAACAAUGCAACGCUCCUGUAUACACACGGCAACGACAACGCAAACCAGCGCAUGCAUAUCUACCAUUCCAAGGAUUUUGGAAUCACCGUCUCGUGGGCAGGAAUGCAGCCGCUCAGUCUUGGCUCACUGGCGGCGGCUGGAGACUUGUUCCUCGUCGAUCCUGACAACGCCUUGUUCCCAGGCUUGCGCCAAGGCACCAAGGUCUACGAUGGGUUCCAGAAAGCGUUCCAGCGCGUGGCGCCGAUUCUGGACAAAAAGAUUCCCGAGUACCAAGAAAGAUUCAACGAUACGCGUGUCUCGUUCACGGGCCUUUCCUACGGCGCAGCGCUGUCGGUGUUUGCCGGAAUGCAUUUCCAGUUUGCACUCAAGCACGGCGUCUACAAACUGAUAGUAUUUGGUCUUCCACGACUCGGUAAUGUCCCAUGGGCGAACUCGGUGGACGAUCAGCUCAAAGGGACGCUGUACUACACUGCAAAUGGCGACGAUAUUGUUGUGCAUCUCCCUCCGCGCGAGGCUGGGUACCAGCACCCAUCCGGCCAGAUUUGGACGAACCCUGCGAACUCGCUCGAGUACAAGUUUUACCCCGGGCAGGAGAAUGUGCACGGCGCAGACUCGAUAUGGGGCACGAGUAUCGAACACCACACGGGGAUCUAUUACGGCGUGCAUAUUGGCGGCGCAUUUGGCCCGUGCCCUGUUAAGGUGGCAGGGUCCGGCAUGUAA